AUGCACCUAGUCAAUCUUGCUAGAAUCAGCCGUCGAUCGUUCUGCGUGCUGCCAUCGUCGAGCAACUCAAACUAUCAAUUCAUCUCUAAUAACGUUCACCGGGUCACGGUUUUUCUAGUCUUUGUAACAUUUUAUUCUCAUUACGCCACCUCGUUCAGCCGUCUUCCUUAUCCAUGCCUCUGCAUGGCCCACAGCUUUCGUUACACAAACGGGUUGGCUACCCUUGCGGCGUUUUCAAUCAUCCUAUUAAUCCGCUCAUUUAAUAAACUAGGCGUCAUGGUAUUUACGCUGUAUAUGGGGCGCAUCCUGGUUGCACUAGAAAAUCAGAUCAGUAUCGUGGCAUAUUCAAAGCGAUUUUAUCAUCCCACAGAGCUCUCCAAGCUCUGGUUCACUCAGAACUAUAUAAACCCUUGGUUACCCUCCUUUAGCAAUCAAUUCAGUUCAUCAUCCCUCUGGUCCUCCCAUAAGGUUCACAAUAUACCAAAUCAGGCCUGUUAUAUCCUUGGAAGCUUCACCAAAGAUAAAGAACAGAUAAAUCCUCGUAACCAAUCGGAAGUAAUACGAUUCGACUGGGAGUUUUCAACCGCCCUACGACUCGUCAGUACAAACCAAUUCACCGUACUUACAAUACAAUUGCCAAGAAUUGAAAGCUCUCUCGCAGGUACCGUGAACGACCAAUCUAGAGCCACCAACCAAGUGAUUCCUUACUGUUUUUUUCAUACGAUCACUGCCUAUAGCCCUUGCGUGCUCUGUACAUACAACGACAACCUCACCUUAGGCCUCACCUCAAACCUCACCACCAAAAAAGUCUAUACAAGUCGUAAUACGAUAUACUUUUCAGGCUUAAGUGCAAUGCGAUACAACUCAGAGACCCACUACAACUCUACGAUGCACGUGAUCGUAACGUAUCGUAUUCUACGAAUCGUAGUCCUUCCUCCAUACUCUGGGCCCAUGAACUAUCUACCAAGCGACUACCCCAUGCAUCAACAGGUUGACACUCUCUUUAGCGGGUGGCUUUAUUUCUUCCCACCUGGUCUACAGGGGCUGUCAGGGAAGAGGCCACUAUGUCAUGUCGUACAAGAGCGUGUCUCUGAGUCAGGGAAACCUUCCGCGAUUAUUACUUUUGCUGGGCAACUGGAAAUGACCGCGAAGAAAUGUCCUGGUCUAUCGUCCCAUUCAUUAAGAGAAGAUGAUCAAGAUUCCAGAGAGGAAUCUCAUACACUUCAGAAAGACUUUAACAUCAUCAAGAAAGAAACCAUGUGUAGCCAGGGCAAGCCACGAUCUACUAGUGCCUGUACCUCUCUAUGCACCAUGGCUGCCCUAGAGGCUCCAUCAUCAAUACAACAAACAACGCUCUUCCACUACACCACCUUCCAGGCUUACACCGUAGUUUCUUGGCUGAAGCAAAACAGGACAAAACGCAAGUCUCAAACUCUGGGUCUGUUACGCUUAGCUUGGGUGAGAAGGAAGACCCCUAAUGAGAUAUGCGUCGGUAUGGCCCACAUUAUGGAGCAGGCAGCAACCCACAACAAGUUAGUCCUAGAUGUUGUCACCUGUUGCAAAAUGCAAUUUCAGGCAUCAUAUAGUCGAAACCAGCUCGGCUGUAUACAUCAAAACACUUGCUGCGGCUCUCUUGAGUUCGUAGAUCCCUACAGAGCCCAAUUCAAACUAUCUUCUGCCGUUGCGACUAAUAGGUCAGGUAACGUCGCUUGCACGGUAAGCGUCGAGCGGAGAGGUCCGGCCAGACUCAACUCCACGACCAAACCAUUCAGUCAGCUUGAAGUGCUGAUCAAAGAAACUUGUUGGUCAUUUUCGCUUACCAACUACAAUUUUGGUCUAGAUAGCUAUGCGUCUUCCAAUGUAAGUGUACUCCAAGCAGCCCUCAUCAGGACCUUGGAGAACGGUGGCAAGGCUGGACAAGAUAGCCACAGGCUAGAAUGA